CGAAGGCAGUUCUCGUCCCACGAUGGGCCGAAGUCGCGGUUUUUCCUGGCUUUUCGCGGUCCUCGCGCGAAUCGGAACCGAGUGCCACGGCGUAUCGCGGAUGUGAAUCUCGUGGACGAGCCAGAAGCGUCGACGAGCGAAGCACGAGGCUCCAGAACGCGAGAAUAGUCGGUCCGGAGUACGACACUGGGCGGAGUCAGGUUAGGUCUUUCGACGCAGCGGUAAAUCGUAAAAAUGGCGGGCCUGGCGGGUUGCGUCUCCGCGAUGGUGGACGACGAGGAACAGGAAGAGCUUCGAUGCACGGGUAGCGACGUCGAGAUCGAAGAGUACACGGACACCGAGGAAUCACCAUAUGUCGGUUAUCAGGGCGCCGAUAAGCUGUUCGAUACGGACAGGGUGGCAUGGCAAAAAUUCAGCUUCGUCGCCACCCUCCUCACCGUCGUAGUGUCCAUUACCUUUUUGAUUAUCACCUAUCCCCUUUAUCUGGAGAGUGUCAGCACCGUUUCCAACGCUUACACAGGACUCCUCUUCACUGCCAUGAGCUCCGCUUCAUAUCUGGGGAUCAUGUGCUUCGUCGUGGGAAGAGUGUCACCACCGCCGGCGAUGAUUCCUAAUAGUAUGCGAAUCAAGAUACCCCGCUGUUCUCUGCUCAAAAUAAGCUCCGUUUAUGCCCUCUCCGGCAUCCUAAUCACCCUCGCCUUGGACCAGAACCGAGUGCUAUGUCACCUGCAAGAUCCGAUUAAAGGCAUCACUCUGGUCUUCUCUCUGGUCUACUAUUUCUUCUUCUGCCGAAAAAUGAUGAGCCUGCAGCGGAUUUUCUCGAGCACCACGAUCAUAGUGGGUCUGUUCAUAAGCGUCGAUUAUGGUCUCUGCGAUGAGUUUCGAUGCAGAGGAAGAGAAGUUUCAGCCCACGCCGCCACGAUGAAAGGUUCCUGGGGCGCGAGGGCUGUUUGGACGUUCGUCUAUGUCGGUUCCCUCGCCGCGUUUGCUAUGUUCUUCACGCUACUCGAAGAUCAUUACACCACCGAGCAGCAGAAUAUGUGCCAGCUGAUGGCAAGUCAGCAGAACUCGUUUCUAUACACGGUGUCGCGAUUGGUGUCGUCCAGAGACAUCAGACGACGGGGUUCCGAUGAGGAGGGGGGCAGACUGCUGCACGUGACGGACCCCGAUCCCACCAUCAGGCCCAAACACAUUCCGAAACCCCCCAUACUGGAAACCCUCUUCUACAUACACAUGAUCGCGUUCUUCGCUAUUCUGACGAUGUGCUGGAUAGACACGCUACCAGGAAUAGGCAGGGGCCUGUCGCCGGUAGAACUGUACCGCACGGUGGAACACGGACUGACGUGUCACUUCAAAAACAGCGAAUCCUGCUCGAACAUCGCCACCCACGGAUGGACCUUCCUGAUCGCGUACUUAGUCUUCUCCAUUUCCGUACUUAAUUUCCUAUCCAUGUGCGAGAGCGCUGUCUUCACUAUCGCCACCACCACCGUCUCUCUUCCCCUAUCCGGAAUCUGGUGGAGCAUCUACAAAAUGGACGUCGGUGCACACGGUGGUUUCAUCUCAUGGUCGCCCGCGGUCACCGGGGAACUAAUCUGCGCCCUCCUCGGACUGCCCGUGGUCCUGUUGGGUCUGGGUUUGCUCGUUCGAUCACACUUCAGGGACACUCAGCCCUAUUACCUGACGAUGCAAUCGCCGGACGCGCAAUGCGAGCCUUCCCAGAGAUGAAUUUCUCGCGGACAGAGCGGCUGAGAAUUUUUUAACGAGCGUGCACGCUCCCACGGGACAGUUCGUAACCUCGUGGUACUUCUGGAACGUGGAAUCUUUUUUGAUUAAUUAAUUCUGGAGCUUGCAGGUGGGUUCUGGUAUGCCGAAGUCGCGAAAAGACGUUGGCAAGAGGUCGAAGAGAGGCUCCAGGAUUGAUAAGUAGCGCGAGGAGGCGUUUGGAGACGAUUGGAGUCGAACGGGGAACCGACCCAAUUAAUUUUUCGACGUACGAAUCGCGAGACAAAAAAAUUCUCGAGAGCCGUUCGGGGGGUUUGAGAAGGGUCCUCACACCCGAUUAAAUCGAUCCGACCGGGUCGCGGUUCCUCGACGACGGAAGUUUCUUCUCCGAACGGGGUGCGCGAAAAAGAUAAAUAAAAAAUUUUCCUGUAAAGUUGUGAUAGGGGCGGGGUUGGGGGGGCUUGGGGACGGGGAAACGAUAAUAUUGAUUAUCUCGUGCACACGAAACGGAACAAAAAGAAAAAAGAAGAAAAAAAAAAGGUGGAGGAGGUAGGAGAAAAGCGAUCGAUGUUUCCUAUGUGUUGCCAGCGCGAGCAUUCGUCUAGCCACAACGUUAUUGCCAAUUUAUAUUUUAUUUUGAUAACAAGAUACUUCAUAUUUUCGAGAACAGUUCGAAUUACGCGUGUUGUACAGUGUGCGUGUCGGAGAGAAAGUAACGGCGUGAAUGCGGAGCAAAACAGAAUAAAAAAAAUGAGAAAAAGAGUCACAGAAAAUAUUUUAUAAACUCGAAUAGCGCGCAAGUUUGCUUAGAAUUCGCGGUGUACUGUGCACGGUUGGAAAUACGACGAGUGGGAGGGACGGUGAUUGGUCACGCCUCGUCGUUUAUUAUUGGUCGAAACGUCAUUGCUGUUUUUCCAGCCCUGCACAGUAGUCGACAGCGAAAAUUGCAAACCCGAGUGCACCGUCGCGGGAAUAAGAUGCGAAAUUCUCAUGUUCACAAAGCAAUACAGUUAACGAUCCAUUAUUUACAACAUACAACGAUUCGUGAGAAGCAACCGGUCGUACGAUAACUACUCUUAAAUCGACGUUUUGGAAUGCAGAGACCUCAGUAUUACGAAAUAAGCGCGAAUGGUGAGUGCGUGGGCGCGUGUGCGUGCAAGAAUUUUUGAGUCAGUAAACUUAUCGCGACGAGGAACUCGUUUGGGACGAUGCUUUUCUGCUUGCGUAUAUCGACGGAAGACUUUAUCCAGACAGAAUCCGCGGCGUAAACGUGUAAUCUUUUUAUACUCGUACGGACUUUCGUUUCGUUCGUAGACAAUCCCACAUGGACGUUUUUAAUUAACUACGUAACGCAUUCGUUAGCGAACAUUAGUCUACACCGUAUUUCUACAUAUAUACAGUAGUGCGCGUAGGAAAUCUUUCUUAAAGGUUUUCUCAAAGUUGGGAGUAUCGACUUUUCGUAAUAGCGAUCCUAUCGAGCCGUAGUUGGUAACAAUUAUCGCAGCACAAGUUUAUUGACCAUUUCGUGGACCAGGAGUUGCUUUUUUCGCAAAUUUACAGAUGCUUCCAGCGUUUGGUGAACAAUUUUAGAAACACUUUUCGUACUCGACCCUCUUUUGCAUAAUACAAUCGAUGAGAACAGGCUUUGGAUAAUUUUCUGAGUUGAGAAUUUAUGCAGCGGAGGGUCGAUGAUUUUUAGGGGAACCUUGUUUAACGAAGGUUGACGUUCCUCCUCGAGCACCGUGUUUCAUCGUAGAAUAAUUACUCCGUAGAGUGAAUCGUUUCUCUAGUCCUGAGAUUUCCACUCCUCCUUCUCCCCGGACUGACACACGAAGUCCCAAAAACAAUGCUGAUCGAAGCUGUCUGGCGUGAAAGGAACAAAAUGAAUCAAAAGUUCAAAGAGCGGCCCGAAAGAGCGUCCGAACGAACUAAAAAUAUGUAAUUCGUGCCAAACCCUCGAGUCUCCAAACACGCGACUCGGGCGUAGAUUAAGUAAACUAACUCCCGUAUAUUAAUAAUCGUAAACAAGUAACGUAAACUGUAAUUAAGUGUCGUUGUUCUGUGUUGAAGCGUUGUAGUAUUGUUAUUGGCAGCCGUCGAGAAGCUAGAAACGUAUAAUUUUCUAGCCAAUCAGAGCGAAAGGGAGACAGUGAGAAAGAGAGAAAUAUUUAUUGUUGGAAAUAACGUCAAUCAUAUUCUAGUCGGAGAGCUAUAUACGUCCACGAUUUUUUACAACAGUAAUAAACGUUCGUAAGAACUAAUUAGCAGAUACAAUAACGAUGAAACAAUAACGAAACUACUAUUGUUAUUACACUAUAGUCGCAGCAUUUAAUCGUCUGUAUUUAAGGGGGAUCGUGUACUUCUACAAAAUACGAGAAGAGAAUAGUCUCGAGUCGUAGUUGAGUUUACGUUUUCGACACGUCGUUGCUCGACGGCAAAAAUGAUUCUAAAGUUUUUUGGACAGACGCGAGUUGUCCUAGCGAAUUCGGUGAGCAGAGUUAUGGUUGGAAGUCGCGUCGAUCCAGACGAUGAUGGGUGCCCAGGAAUCUGUAAUUUUAACGGGUUACCAUGGAUGUCGAAAGAAAGGUAAUGUUUCUGAUUUUUUUGUGAGAAAAAUAGCAUUAAAAAUCGUUAUUCUACGAUCGUUGAUAUUUUAACGGUGCACGUUUCUUAGGAUUCUGUAACAGAACAGGUUGGUGAAAACAGGCUUCCCGGAUAAUUACGUGUAAACAGAUUUAUAUAAAAGAGAGAAUGUUUUGAUCUUUAUUUUCUAAGAAAUACGCGACUCAGCCUGCAUUUUAACUCUGCAAAUCUGGCCAAUAAAUUGCCGUUGUUACUGCGCGGCGAGUAGCUCGUCAACCCUUUCAGGCCUAACUCAGAUUGCUCCACAAAAUGUUAUUCGAUUGCGCUUGUUGUUAUAGCCAAAUGUUGACCAGUCGCAUGAAUAGGUGGAAAUACUGCGACUUUCUCGGUGAACCGUUGCAAUGGUCCACACGCUCGCUUCUGAUAGCAAUUUAUUUUUUUAUCAAACAAUCGUGGCCUCGAGGGGUUGACCGUUCGCGCGGAAGAAAUUCGAAUUUUUUCUUUGACUCGCGUGUCCAGAAAUGGAAUGGUUGUUACGGUUUUAAGAAUAGCGUUUUAUCUGGUUGGUUACGGUUGAAUAUUUUUAUAACGGGACCGUAGUGCGAUCUCACCGAUUAUACGAUAAACAAUUAUUAUACGAUAAACUAGCGCGCGAUGCCGACGCAUCUCUUUCAGAUAGACGCUUUAUAAACUUAUAAAAAAGAAAAAAAAGAACUAUUUACCAGCGAUCAGCAGUGCCGUAUAUUUAUAACGGGUGUUCGAACUCGUGUGUGUAUCGUUUGAACGCGGCAUCUCGAUCGUAGUUCUGGCAGUCGUGCGAAAACCUCGGCUUCCGGUACGCUGAUGAAAUCAUCCCGUGAAACGAUUCCUCGAAUUUGUUCAUUCUCCGGGGUCCGAGGCUUUCGAAAGAGAGGGAAUCCAACAUUUCGACGACAGAAUGUGAUGAAAAUAGUUGCGUAGAAACAGUUUCAAUAUUUCGACGAGGUGGCUGCAACGAUCGGUGCUGAGCGAUCUUUGAGAUUUGUAUUUCUUCAUACUUUGCUAAUAUAUAGAAACUUUGUCGGGAGUGGAUAAUUCAUUUUGACGAGUCCGUAAUUGUGCACGAUGGAUACUCGAGUGUUUUCAUACGUCCACGAAAAAUUUGACUCUCCUUCAUUUACACCCUGUUGCAGCCCUCGUCGAAAUGUUGCGGUGCAAUUUGGAACUCCAUCGGAACGUAGCUUUUAACAAACCCCUCGAUCACUAUGGUCUGUACCAUUUUGACGUUCAUCAGUAUUAACAAUCGUACAAAAUUCAUUGGCGCGCUGAACUCUCACGAUUCAAGAGCUGUGAGCCAGCCGAAUAGCUCAAAUAUUUCUAACGCGCGAAACAAGUCGUCCAAGAAAGAAGAAUACCUCAUGGCAGUAAAAAAAAAGAAAAAAAAAAAUAAAACUGAAAAGAUAAAACGAGCGCAUUGCCGUCGCCGGUAUUUGGAUUCGUAAUUACGCUCAAUAUACUCCACUAUAUUCAACAAUUAUG